AUGGAGCAUCAACACGGAAUACAACAAGGCGGGCAGCACUACUACCCACAGCAGGAGAAGGGCCCAGGAUAUGUGGACCAACACCAAGGCGCCUACUCGGGCUAUCCCGAUGCGCAGUAUCAAAAUCAACAAUACCACGACCCCAACGGCACGGCGGCGGCACAGCACUACCCAUCUCACGCCGGCGGCGCUGGAGCUCCGGCUCAACCGUCGGGUAGUGGCGCGAAGCGUGGUCUCCUCAUCGGCCUGCUUGUAGCCGUAGUCGUGCUUUUAGCUCUCGUCAUCGGGCUCGGCGCCGGACUUGGCGUCGGUUUGCGCAACGCGAAGUCGGAUCUGGCGGCUGCCCAGGCGUCUCUGUCAUCGACUGCUUCCGCAGCAACUUCAACGCCCGCCUCUACGGCAUCAUCCACACCCACCAAGACUUCUUCCUCCGCAACAGCCAGCGCAACAGCUGACAAGUUUUCAUCGUGUCCUGGUGCUAACAACACGGUCUACACUUCGGACACCGACAGUAAGAAGUUCACUGUUUACUGUGGUCGUGACUACAGUGGUAAGGGCGAGGCCGAUGACCUGAACAGCACCAAAGCCGAGACCAUGACAACAUGUAUGGACACAUGUGCCGGAACGGACGGGUGCGAGGGUGCUGGCUGGGGUUAUAUUGAUGGCAGCGGGCACAUGUGCUACAUGAAGACCAACCUCACGAAGUUCCACAGUGCCGACUCUGGAUGGGAGUUUGCGGUUCUGGACACCAGCUCAUAA